AUCAGUGUUCUCUCUCUCGUUUGAAAUCCUUUUACUCCUCUGUUUUUGAGAGUUAUGGUGCUUCAAGAAUCUGAAUGUAUUUUGAUCGUUUAAGAUUGCCCUCAGUGGGAUUUCCCUUUCAACUUUUCUCGCAUUUCAAUUCAUUGUUGAACUCAUGAUUGAUUCGUAGAAUUCAUGUAUUUGUCCCCUCUGGAAUCUUUAGGGUUUUCACUUUUUGUGAGCCGUACCGUAGUCAUUAAUCUUUUGAAACUGUAGAAAUUCGCAGAAUUUGUUUCCUUGGUGGGAAUGCAUCAGGGAUCGCUUCCUAGUUUGAGUAUAUUAAGGAUUUGGAAUUUUGGUGAAAAAGAGUGCUUUUUGUGAGAAUUAGAAAGAGGAUUUUACUGGAUGGCUUCAGCUGCAAUAAAAUCAGGGGCGUUGGUUUCACUGAAAGACCUGAUGAAGCCAUCUUCUGAGUUCUUCAAGGAUGGGGCUUCACUUAGAGUUACCGGAAAGUUAGUGGAGUAUUCUGUAGAGACAGCCAUUGCCAUAAUUGUUGAUGGAAAUGUUAACUUGAAGAUCGACACACAGCAUCUGAGAGAACUUAGCAUUCGCAUUGGUUCCAUAUAUCAAUUUAUUGGUGAACUACUUGUUCAGUCAGAUAAUGAGGCAACUCUGCGGGCACGUGUUGGCAGGAAUGUUGAUGGAAUUGACCUCAACCUUUAUCAUCAGUCCCUGCAGCUGUUAAGACAAUUUCAAGCUGAUCACUUGAACAAGAGGACAAAUUAGUUCACUUUUCUCCUUGAGGUGAAUCUCUCACAUGUUUCACCGACAAAGGUAAUCUAGCUAAUUGUUAUGUUAUCUUUGAAAUGUCAAAAGUAGGAAUGACUCUUUUACUUUACUUUCUGUAAAGAAAAUCUCUGUAGGUAAACUACUUUUUCAUUAAUAUCAUGUGUUGAAUGAAUAUUUUGCUGUCAGGAUGGGAGCUUUUCUGCACAA